AUGGAGUCCUUGACUAAAGCAUCCAUGAAGGUUUGCCCCUUUGUGAAAUCCAGAUCCACUCAUGCUCUUCGUCAAAUGAGCGAGGCCCUGACCUUGAGUAAGCAUGCCAGAGCUUGCCCAUUUGUUGGUGCUGCCAUGGCUGCUAGGGAGUACUCUCAGUCCUCCAAGCCUGCCGCUGCUUCAAGCGCCCCUGCUGGAUCCUCAUCUCGUGUUUCCGCUGGUUACUCCUUCUCUGGAAGCGACUUGGUCUCCAACACAAUGGAGAUCGUGGACAGAUCCUCCCAGGAGAAGGCUUUUGACUACGACGGCUUCCUCGGUAGUGAGAUCACGAAGAAGAGAACAGACAAGUCUUACCGUUACUUCAAUAACAUCAACCGUUUGGCUGAGGAGUUCCCAAAAGCUCACUUGGGUAGCGAAGGCGAAAGGGUCACCGUAUGGUGUGCCAACGACUAUUUAGGGAUGGGCACCAACGAAAAAACAAUCCAGGCCAUGAAAGAAACCUUGGAUAAGUACGGUGCGGGUGCAGGUGGUACCAGAAACAUCGCUGGGCAUAACCGACAUGCCAUCGCAUUGGAAGCUGAACUAUCUACUUUGCACAAGCACGAGGCUGCAUUGGUUUUCAGCUCUUGCUUUGUGGCGAAUGAUGCUGUGCUCUCACUUUUGGGCCAGAAAAUGAAGGACUUGGUGAUUUUCUCGGAUGAGUUGAAUCAUGCCUCAAUGAUCCAGGGUAUACGUAAUUCGAGAGCCCGAAAGGAGGUGUUCAAGCAUAACAACUUAAAAGAUUUGGAGGAGCGCUUGGCCAAAUACCCUAGAAACACCCCCAAAUUAAUCGCUUUCGAGUCCGUUUAUUCCAUGUGUGGCUCCAUUGCCCCAAUCGAGGAAAUCUGUGACUUGGCCGAUAAGUACGGCGCUUUGACUUUCUUGGACGAAGUUCACGCCGUUGGUAUGUAUGGUCCUCAUGGUGCUGGUGUCGCCGAACACUUGAACUUUGAGGAGCACUUGCAGUCGGGUUUGAACAGAAUCCGUCCGGACUCUGUUAUGAACAGAAUUGACAUGGUCACUGGUACCUUAGGUAAAGCUUACGGUGUUGUUGGUGGCUAUGUCACAGGUAAGCAAAGUAUGAUCGAUUGGAUCCGGUCAUUUGCUCCUGGAUUUAUUUUCACUACUUCGUUGCCUCCUGCUGUCAUGGCCGGUGCGUCUGCCUCGAUCAGACAUCAGAGAUCAACAUUGAUGGACAGAAUUGCUCAGCAAAAGAACACUAGGUAUGUCAAAAAUAACUUCGGGAACAUUGGUAUUCCUGUUAUUCCAAACCCUUCGCACAUUGUGCCGGUGUUGGUCGGCAAUGCCGCUGAUGCGAAGAAAGCCUCGGACUUGUUGUUGAACAAGCACAACAUCUACGUUCAGGCAAUCAACUUCCCCACGGUUCCUAUUGGGCAAGAACGGUUGAGAAUCACGCCAACCCCGGGACACGUUCCUGAGAUUGCCAACGAAUUGAUCGGUGCGGUUGAUUCCGUUUUCAAUGAACUUAACUUGAAGAGAGUUCCUGCCUGGGAAAGAGAGGGAGGUCUUUGCGGUGUAGGCGAGAGCAACGCGCAGCCUGUGAAGCACAUUUGGACUGAUGAGCAGUUGUCGUUGCAGGAUGGUGACUUGAACCCCAACGUCGUCAACCCCGUGAUCGCACCCAACGCUGUAAGUUCUGGUCCAUUUGACGAUGUCCUAGAUGACGAGGCGAUCCUACCGUUCCUUCCCAAAACACUUGUCGGUCUUGACACACAAUUGUUCACAUUCACGGAUACCUACAUCAGCAUUCUGUCGCCUCUUGCCAGAGGACUAUUCCAGCUAAUCAACGAUCUUUGUGAGCCAGCCAUACUUUAUAGACGUCUCCAUGGCUCUGUUGAGAAACUAAGAGGCAAGAAUCCUUCACCUAUAAAAGCUGCCUUCAUGCAAGUGUUGGGUUCAAAACUAACUAGCUACGCGUCAGAUGUCAGCAGCAUCUUUCAUAAGAAUCCCAGAUCACUACUACAUGUGUAUCAUGAACUUCAAAAUGUGAUAAUUGAGCUACGAACGUUAGCACAUCUACAUCAACAAAUGGAAGUGCUUGAUGGGUUUCAAUUUCUUGAGGAAACUUUCAAGCUUGCAAGCUUUGGAGAUUAUCUUGUGAGACUGCUGGCGAGUGUUGUCUAUGAUGAACUAAAAAAACCGUACUUCCAGUACAUGGAGCACUGGAUCCUCCGUGGUGAGUUGGUUGAUUCAUGUAAUGAGUUUUUCGUUUCCUUCGAUGCUUCUGCUGAUCACAUUAAUGAGAUCGUCAAAUUUCAUCGUGAAAGGCUUCCAUUGUUCAUGGACUUCAGCGAAGAAGACUGUAACAAUAUCUUCCAAAUUGGCAAGACGCUUAUCUUUCUAGAUAAGUUCUGCAAGGAACUUGAAUGGCUUAGCGCUUACGUAAAGCACUAUUCUGCCUAUAUUUUCAACGAGAAUCUGGGUUUGAUAACCCUUGACAGGAAUUCCCUCAAGACACUUUUUCAGGUUCAGUUUGGCGAGCUUAUAAAUUAUCUUAACUCAAUAGCCUAUCAUAAGUACGAUUUGUUUGAGCAUCUAUCGAAUUUGAAAAAGAUUAUGCUCAUAGGCUCAAGCGACUUUGUUGAGCUGAUCAAUGAAAGAGGACUUCAAAUGUUCAAUGAGCCAGCCUCAUCCUUGACAUCCGGGAAAUUGGCAGGUUUACUUUCAAGUGCAAUUGAUACCUCCUCGAUUCUGAUGUUACCACAAAGGUUUCAACUGCGCAUAGACGCUCGGAUAUUAGAUUUGAGCCACGGAAGUAUUGGAUGGGAUGUCUUCACCUUGGAGUACAAGCUUAUGGAUCCCCCACUAGAAUUGCUUCUCAAUGACAAGAGUCAAUCGACGCAUUACUUGCGGUUGUUCAAUUUUUUGUGGAGCUUGAGACAUUUUCAAUUUCUUUUAAAUAAGAAUUAUGUUGACUAUGUUAGGUUGCAGAAGGAUCACAUCUCAAAGCUUCGCGUCAAAAACAAGCUGCUGACCAGAACACGCAUUUCUAAAGUCCGCCAAGGGUGGUUUUCUAAGUGCCUCAGGACUACGAAUUUAAUAAGGUUUCGUCUUUCUAAGCUUGUUUCUGCUCUUCUCAACUUUUUGUCAUAUGAUUUGAUCGAGCAGAAUUUCCAGGAGAAGAUUGUGAAGCUGGCUUUUAAAGGCACAUUAACCGCCAGUCCACAGUUUACGAGCCUGGAAUCGCGGAAAGACCGCAAGCUUCCCAUUCUUGACAAAGCCUUUGCUGAUGCAUUUGCAUAUCAGACAAGCCCGUCUUUUCCAAAAAUUAAAAGGGUUUCAUUGGCUAAGCUCAACGUUAUGGAGCACACUAUUGAUGAAUUGACGGCGAUGCAUCUGAAGUAUCUAAAAGGAAUCUACGACUGCAAACUUAUUAACGAAAAUUACAAAGGAAAAAUUAGUCGAGAACCGUUGAUUGAUCAAAUUUUCAGCUUCAUGGAAAUUUUGUUUGCCUUUAUCAAAAGCAGUGAAGAGUUCAGCUCCUCGGUAGUAAGUUACGUCAACUUGCUUGACUUGAGCACGUCGGUCGAUACGAAUGCAGGUAUUGCGUUCGAGGGUGAUUUGGAACAUCUUCACGUGCGCCUAGCAGACCUCAUGAAAGUGAUGUACAAUGACCUCUUUAAGAACAGUUUUGAGCCAAGACUCGAUAUUUUUACGAAAGACCUCCGUGCAGAUUUGGAUCUCAAAGAUUUGAGCAAGAUGGUGUGA